AUUAAUUGAUCUCCAGGCUUGAGAGUGCGCUAAAAUAGACCCUGCAUGUCACUAAACUGACGGGUCACGGCCGCCCAUAGUAUCCCGCCAAGAUGACCAAAUGAAAUGGAACGGUAGCUUGGGCACGUCGCAUUUGUAUUUAUUUCUCAGGUCCAAGCCGAAAUAGCUCCCGACUUUGGCAACGUCAUUUCCCAAUACCACCUCUCACCCUAUUUCCUCCUUCGCAAAACCCGACAGAUCUACAGCUAUCAAAAUCCACUACUAUCUUGUUCGCAUUUAGUUCGUCUUGAGAUAAUACUAUUACUCGAAAGACCGGAUGAGCAGGUGACGAGCCGAGCUUCGAUACCAGUCGUACAGCUGUGCGAGACCCCGACCGCGCAACGUUUCGCUAUGGAUUUUGCGCCGUACCAGAGCUCGCCGCCUGAGAACAACCGGCCGUUCUCUCCGCCCAUCGGAGAAGGCGCCACAUCGCCGCGCGCGUCGCUCGACCAGAGACGCUCGUUCAGCCCGUCGCAGCGCAACUUUGCCGCAUACUCUCCGCCGCCGCUACAUCACCCGCAACCCCAGCGCUCGUGGCAGCCAGAGUAUGCUUCCGAAGACGGGUUUGGCAAUGGAAUAGGCGUGGGCAUGGGCGCGGGCGCGGGUGGGGGUGGGAUAGGACUUGGCGGCAACGGGGACUUUGUCAGCGAGUUUGAUACGAGUCUGGGCCUCCGCCUGGAUUACGAGGCCGUGCUCGCUUAUAUCGGGUUACCGCCGCUCGGUGCGAUUAUACUAUUGAUCUUGGAGAGAAAAAGUGAUUAUGUUAGAUUCCACGCGUGGCAGUCGAGCCUUCUCUUCACCGUCUUAUUUAUUGUUCAUCUCCUAUUCUCCUGGUCAACGUUCCUCAGUUGGGUCAUCGUGCUCGGAGACCUGGGUCUAAUUGGGUUCCUUGCACUUCAUGCAUACCGGGACGCCGAUACUCUCGAUAGAUUCGAAGUACCCAUUUUUGGAAGUAUAGCAAGCCGUAUACUUGACGAUGAGUAGGGGGUUUCUAAGGAUUUAUGACUGUACUUUUACAUUCAAGCAUGAUUAAAUCUGGGAUAUUGUACGGGGAAUUGUACGACUCUUGUUUGCGUGGUUUAACUUUGAGAAAUUAUGGAAGUAGUGGACGGUAUAAUUAUAAUGCAGGCAUGUAAAUACCUAGGAGUCCCGGUUUACCUAGAUACUUAUAUGAUAAUGUGGCAAAGCCUUCUCUCAAGGCUCGGCUCGGGACAAGAAACACAUAGUUCAAGCAAGACAUCAAAAGCCUGACGUCUGGCUGUUCCAGGCUGUAUAGAGAUAAUCGGAGUGCCUCGUUGGCCCCAGCCCUCGUAACUUGGAAUUACAAUAUUGUCUAUCCUAUAAUCUCUCCCCUGAGGCAAGUCAAAGAACUCCUUCAGAUUUGUAUAAUCAACAUUGAUCACUGCGGCGUUGCAAUAAUCAUGGGUUCAACAACAC